CGUGUCCUCGCCGUGUCUGCGCUGCCGUGCCGGCCUCACUGCUCUCUGCCUCCACCGACCUGCCGGUUAUGGCCACACGGCGCUGACCACCGACUGCAACGUAUCCCAACCGCAUCCGCACCACCACUCCGCACCCAGCGCCCGACAUGGCCGACGACAUGGCAGACGCCUCGGCCGCCGGCUCGACCGUCAACCUCAAGGUGCUGUCGCCGUCCAGCGAGAUCGAGGGCGGCCUGCAUCUGCCCCAGCUGCCCGCCUCGACCACGGUCCGCGAGCUGCGCCUCCGCAUCCAGGACGCCGUGCCCUCCAAGCCCGGUCCCGAGCGCAUGCGCCUGAUCUACCGCGGCAAGGUCGUCGCCAAUGACGCCGACUCGCUGGAGACCGUCUUCGGCGCUGAGAACCUCCGCGAGUCCCAGGACCAGAGCCUGCACCUGGUGCUGCGCGAGCUGCCGCAGCCCGCUACCUCGACCGCCGCGCGCGCAGCCACGCUCCCGCCGAAUCCCUACCGCACGCCGCCAGCCCCCGCCGGCCCGCCGCUGCAGACGAACCCGUUCCGCGCAGUCCCGCAGCCGCACCACCACCACCACGCCCACCCGCACGUCCACCACCACCACCAUGUCCAGCCGCCGCGCACCCCGCUGGGACCGCUGGGCGCCAUGCCGCUGCCGCCCCAGGUACAGCAGCAGAUCGCCCAAGCCCUAGCCCGCGCUCCAGGCACUCCAGGCGCUCCAGGCAUCCCAGGCACGCCAGCUACAGCGCCGCCAGCUGAUGGAGCCCCGCAACCUGCGCCGGCAGAUGGCGCUCCACCGCCUCCAAACGGCAGGGCAGUGCGGCACGAGGGUACUGGCCCCAAUGGCGCCCGCUGGUCCGUCACAAUCGAAGACGUCACCGCGAACAUACCCCUGCGUCCGGGACAGCCAGGCCUGCCACGCCCUGUGCCCUUCCCACAAGCUUUCGCCGUCCCGCCGCGCGCCUUUGGCUCACCAGCGCCCGGUGGAGUGAGCGUGCCCUUGACCUGGCUUCUGCCGAGGCUUCGCGGAACACUGCAGGAGGCCGCUCGGGAGGUGGACAACGUCCGGACCCUGCUUGCCCCGUCUGCCAUUGAAGAGGCCGCGCUUGCGUCCAACAUGGCCGCGUUUCCCAGCUGGCGCGCCGAGCGCAUUCGCGAGCACCUGCGGACCAUCACAUACAGCCUCAACAUGGUCGAGAGCGGCCUCUCCGACCCCGCCAUGCAGCUCAACAUGGACGUCAUCGCACUGCGACAGGCCACGGGCGAGGUGAGGAGGCAGGCGAAUGAAUUUAGCAGGGCCCUGGAUGCACGAGAGGCGGGCGCGGCGACAUCAUCUGAUCCCUUGAUUGCCACAGCAGCAGCCGCGACACGGACCCUUCCUGCCGACGCGCCUCAAGAGCUGUUCCUCCUGUCCAGCCCUCAGGGGCCGGUCGGCGUUCUCUUCGACCAGCAGGGCACCUACACGACCGCUCCGUUCGCCUCGACCCUGUCGUCCCAGGCAUUCAUCGACCAGUACAACCAAAACCGCCAACUCAUCGCCAGCCUCGGCCAGCAAAUCGCCCACAGCUCGCAGAAUCUGCACAACCAGCUCGGCGGCCUCACACCUACCCCCACGCAACCUGUGCAACCCCAGCCCGCCCAACCCGAAGGCCUCGACCCAGCCGCCGCCCAGCGCGUCAUCCAAAACAUCAUCCAGAACCGCAACGAGCGCGCCGAAAACGCCGCCGCCAACCCCGCCGCCGCCGAAAACGACCGCGUCGGCAACGUCGCCGCCCACCUCUGGCUCAUCUUCAAACUCGCCGUCUUCGUCUACAUCUUCGCCGGCGGCAGCGGCUGGUACCGCCCGCUGAUGCUCAGCAGCAUCGCCCUGGUCGUUUACGUCGCCCAGCUCGGCGUCUUCGAGCGCCACUUUGCACUCGCCCGACGCUACUUCGAGGGGCUGCUGCCGAAUGCCGGCGCCGAGGCCCCCGAGGCUCCCGGAGCUCCCGAGCCCCGCCGCAAUGCGAAUGUGAAUCUCACGCCCGAGGAGGCCGCGCGACGGCUCCUGCAGCAGCAGCGUCCCGAUGUCAUGGGGUGGGCGCGCGAGGGCGUGCGGGGCGUUGAGCGCGGCGUGGCGCUGUUCGUGGCCAGUCUGUGGCCGGGGAUCGGCGAGCGUAUGGUGUUUGCACAGGAGGAGCGCGAGCGGCUUGCCCGGGUUGCCGCGAGCGAGGAGGCGGAGCGGCGCGAGGAGGAGCGGCGGAGGGCCGAGGAGGAGAAGCAGGGCGACGCAAAGCAAGAGGAGGGCGAGGCGAAGCAGGACGACGGCGCGAGUGAACAGGCUGCGAGUCAACAGCCCACGGGCGAGAAACCGGUCCUCCACCGCAACGCUACGCAGACGCUGAGCCGAGAUUUCAUGGACGCUGCGCUGCCGGGCGAGAACGCAGAUACCGCGACGGGUCCCGGCGCCAAGGGCAAGGAGCGCGCUCCAGACGCCGAGGGCGAGGCGUCGGCGUCUGCGUCUGCGUCGUCGUGAUGCGCUGGUGCCGUGAGCGGUGUGGUUAGGUGUAUUUAGCAUAGCAUGGGAUAGUACU